AUGGGGCACCGCGGGGCGAACGCCGGCAGCGGGCGAGCAAGGGCCAACGGUAGUGAGCGCGCGAGCGCAUGGCAGCCGCGGAGUGCGGGCAGGGGAGCCCGGGGGUGCGGCGACGCGGGGCAGGACGCGCCCAGGGCGGCGAUGCGCGCUGGGGGCCGAGGCGCAGGUCGCGGGUGGCGCAAGAUGCAAGUGCGGCGCGACGGCGGCCACGGGAUGCAGCGGGCGAGCACGCGAGCGUUCCCCUCCUUUUGUCCCUCCUCCAAGGAAAAGCGGCUAGAGUUUUUGCCUCCCAACGACGACGCCGCUGAUCUGCCACGUCUCCUGUGGCUUUCGGGCCACAGUCAAAUCGAUUUCUGCUGGGCUCGUGCUCCUCACGGGGCGCCCGUUCUAUGCGCGCCCAUUAAGCAGUCGGCCCGUUUUGAUGGAACGCAGACCGUCGCUGUUCUUCUCGUCUUAUCCCCUUCUUCCUUGGUUUCUGUCAGUCACUUCCCCCUCCCCCUCUCCGCCUCAGUCUCUCUAGGUCUCUGUCUUCUCCUCUUCUUCCCCAAGCUUAGGGUGCUUCUCUAUGGUUCACUAUGGUGUUUGCGGGAUUUACCAAUCGGGGGAGUUUUGUUGCUGACGGAUUGCCGUUGCUCCAUCUCCUCUUUUUCAGGCAUGGUUUGCCCUGUUUGUCGUUGCCCAGGUGCUCCUUGCGUACCAUUUCUGCGAGCGGAUGAAGUCCCUGAAGUUUUCGAUGUUGUCGUAGACGAGGAUUGCUUCAGAAUGAUGGCCAACACAUGAGAUACAGCAGGAUAUGGACCCAAUAAUUAAAGGAAAAGGGGGUGUGUGGUCAGAUUAUCAUUUACCUUGCAAUUACCAGAAGCAGCUUGUUCUCCAG